AUGCAAGCAAAAUGCGCUUUGCGAACAAGCCAAAAUUCACGAGAGAAAAAAGUUUGUUUUGCAGAUCUGGUUGGGCUCAAGCUCGUAUUCGUAAAAAACAUAACUCCAGCGAGCAGUGAAGAAAGUAUAUGCGAAGCUUGUGGUGAAGUUCAAGACAGUUUGGAUAUAAAUGGCAACAUUUUGCCAAAGAGGCGAAUCAUAAAAAGUUUGGCGCCUUGUUUUGUUGCGCCUUCGAGAAAAGACGGAUUUUUGGAACGUGUUCACAGUCAGAAUGUCUGCCUCGAGAACAUUGCUUGUGAAAAUUUCAUCGUUGCUGGACUUAUUCGAGUUGAAAAUUUAUCUUAUUUUAAAGAAGUUGCAGUGCGAUUCACGCUUGAUGAGUGGGAGACUUUUCGUGACAUCAGAGCAGAUUACAUGUCGUCCUGUUCGGACGGAAAAACUGACAAGUUCAGCUUCCGUAUUAUGGUCCCAGUAGACUUCGAAGUAAAUCGUUUCAUGCAGUUCGCCAUUCGUUAUCUCGUAUCGAAUCAGGAGUUUUGGGAUAACAACAGUUGGAAGAAUUACCACGUGAAAUGCAUCGAGUAUAGUUUUGCAAGUGACCUUUAAGAAUGAGGUGAACCCUGACUGCUGGGAAUUCAUGAUCAGCUACGCGGAAAAAAUCGGAAACCUUUCCGUAAAGUGCUUUUUUCGAAUAGAAAGAGCUAAUAUCAUAAAUAAGAAAAUUAACAGAGACUUUUCGCCCUUAACAAAAUUGAAAGAGAGCGAAGGUGCAAGCCAAUAUUCAAUGAAUGUUUACAGUUGACUCGACAAUGCUCUAACAAAAAAUGAACGUCAUUGUCCUUUUGAGAUAAACACACACGCGUAAUAUUCGAAUUUUAAAGAUGUUGAGCGUUGUAAGCUAGAGAAGUAUUCAGUAAAACUAUUGAACUUGUAAAUGACGGACGUCAGACGGACAUUUUAUACGGGGGACGAGCUGCGCAAAAAAUGGCUACCCUGAAAACAAUUUAAAAACCCACAAUUAAAACAAUCUCUGUGGCCUUGCUCGUUUGGGCCGACUUUCAAAAUUCAGUAUCAGUGGUGUAAAGAUAUUGAUUUAUCAGAAACUGUUUCUUCCAAGACUUUCACUUUUGACCUGUUCGUCAAUACGUCUCACUGCUAUUUGCUGACCAUCGACUUACAGGCGACUUAAAAAACUGCGUUGGCACGCAACGGUUUUCCUCACAUGUUUCGCUAAUUUCAUGACGCCUGUGUACACAGGAGGUGAUAACAGUCUUUUGAGCGAUUUUAGGUGGGGGUGAAAAAUACAUUAGCAACGAUUUUACUGCCACUUUGUCGCUACCACAAAAAUCUCCCCCGACGCGCCAACCUAAUUUUCAAAAAUUUGAAAGUUUAUCUAGGAACUUACAGUAGAACCUCGUUAUAACGAAGGGCUAAGGGACUGGCAAAGUUUGUUCACUAUGCCGAUGUUUCGUUAGAUCGAGGUUCGUUAUAUCGGGGAAGGUUCCACUGUACUUAGUCUCCAGAACAGCCGAAAAUUAACUUAUACUGUUAUAAUAUCCUGAGUCACUUGGUUGACCUGUAUAAAUCGUAUGUGUCGUACGGUACAAUUGGUCCAUAAAGAUUCUGAAAAUCGCAAUAAAAUCAUCAGUAAACGCCAGAAAAUCGCAGCGAAGAUCGUGCGCAGAAAGACGACUUCAUAGUAUAAAUAGCAGUUAAACAUCACUCAUAACCGUAUUGCUCUUCUCCGGCUGUGCUUUGCCUUAAAAUGUUGAGUAGCUUGGCAAAACUCGACGUUUAAACGAGCCGAAUUUAAAAUCCAAAUAGUUUGCACCUGUGCGAAAAUAUUGAACGCAGACUUUCUAACCUGUAGGGAAAAUUAAAAACUAGUUGCGCUCAGAUUAGACUCAUUGUAUUAAUGUAUAAUGAAAAAACUUUCGAUGUAGCGUUUGAACUGAAACUUUUGAUUUACAAAUUGUAACUUGCACGUACCGGGGUCGAACAUGAGAGCAAACUAACUUUCAAUAUUCAGAUUAUAAAAAAAACUCGGAAAAAAACAAUUAACCACUUCACCUCUCCAUCCCCCUCUUACCAAAAAGAAAAAAAGCAUUUCAUUCUCUUAUUGGAAGCUUAUUUAAUUUAUUCGAAGUAAUAAUAUUUAUUUGACAACACAUACUGAUUAGCUCCUCAGGCGAAACGUCAACGAUGAUUGUCACUUCUCAUUUUCUGUCCGUUUGACAGAAUUUGUUUUCACUGCAUUUAUUUUCGAGUCAAAACAAUAAUUACUGUACCUCUCGGUUGACCCUGAGAUGCUUGCUUUCAACACAAACUUGCCAGCCCUAAUAACUUGAAUAUUUUUAGACUGAGCAAAAGGGCAAGAUCUAGUAGAAAAUUGCUCCUUUAAUAUUCCUCUUAACUCGACGCCUCCGAGCACAAAUAACCGGAACAAAACGGUAGAAAGACCCUUUGAUGGCUUUUUUCCCAAAAUCAAGUUCAAGUCCGGUAGUCAUGACUAGUUUUAGUGAUUGCACUUAGCAAAGGUGCCGCUGAUACUUAAUGAAAAUAUUUUUUCCCUUAACCAAAACAGAAUAGUGGUAGACGUAAACACAUUAGUCACACCCAGCUGAGGAGCCUAUUACGUAAUAGGCUCCUACCGGCAUAAGCCUAUAGGCGAAACCUUUCCAGCUGAAGGGGACAGGGGUGCUUUUCAUUGCACGACUAACAGUAAUUGACAUUUCUGGCUAUUAUACAGCUAAUAGUCAAGUUCUUUCCGUUGCUGUUAACAGAAAUUAAUUUUUAUGUUUAAACAGUUGAAACUCAAUUUCCAUUCAUGUAAAACACAUUUAAGGUCAGAGGUCUCAUUUCCCUCCCACGCAGUCGUUUUGUAAGAAGGGCGAGAUAUGUUACCCCCAUUAAAAGACCUCACAUCUUUGGACCGACUCCGGGAAGGAACUGAUAAAUAAGAAAAAAACUUUGGUAGGAUCCGAAGACACAAAAAAGUCCGAAUCUCGACGCUUUCAAGGGCACUCCGAAAAAGUGUUUUUCUAAUCGUAAAUGCAGGUGUUAUGCAAUCGACCACCAUGCCCAAACAGCAGCGAAGUGAAGCCGAGUAUUGAUGUAUUUGUUAGGGGAGGCAAAAAGCUAAGUAAUUUAGAUCAAGUGCCCAUCAAUACUGCAUCUAUGGGCUACAGUUUAAUUAAAUGGCAUUAAAUUUUAUUCGUUGGGUAGCUUUUUAUACGCUGUGACUAAGGAUUUUAAUCCUACAAAGGAUCAAAAUUUGUCAAUUUUUACUCCAAAAACACUCCAAUUAUUGACCUUUUUACUGCACAUGGUUAACCCCAGAAAGAGACCCUACCAUAUCCUGCACUAUCAUAUCAGUUGCAGCGAAAAAGAUACUUAAGAGUCUUUAAGGUCAAAGGCCCAUUUAUAAGGCAUGACAAAAGGCACGAAAUUGCCGACUACACUAAACUAGGACUUAAAAAUUGUCCUAACUUGACUGUGAAGCGAAAAAUCUUGUAAUGCAAUCUCUACCUUUUGCGUCUGCUUGGGGAUCCUUGAAAGUCAGUUAUCUGUUAGAUUUUUGGCGAUUUCUCAGUACUCUUUUCCGUAGCCAAGUAAUCAUCUAGAAGUUUAUUCGUUGGAUCAAAGGUCUCCACAGUUUUCAGGAACCUAAAUUUCUCAGUUUAUUUCAUAUUUUAGCCAAUUCUCAGUUAUCAAUUUCUCAAUCGAGCCUCCACACUGGACUUCAGUUCAGUUGUAGGAUUUCUAAGAGAGCACACACGCAUCAUAUUUUUGAAUUUAUGCACCCACGUGGCAAGUGUGUGAGGCUCCAUUAGUCACUGGAACUAAAUAAUCAGCAAAUAUACAGACAGAUCAGACAGCACUUUUUCUAUGGUAAGCUAGAUUAAUAAUGACAACCAACAAUAAGUGCACGGUUAACGUCCAAUCAACAACGGACUUUGAAGCUUCCUGAAGAUGACGUCACGAAUUUUCCCAUAAGACAGCAAGUUGAGCUGUUUACAAAUGCGUUAAGGUAAAGCAUGAGCAAACCGCAACUACAGGGGCCGUUUUCAUGUCGGAAAUCAGAUGUCUCAUCCGAGCGGGAACUGUACGCCCACGCGAACGAUGAAGAAGAAAGUUUCCUUCGCAGACACCGCCGGUUUAGAGCUUGCGACCGUGAAAACCAUUCCGUCGAGCAACGGAGAAUUAGAAGAAGCCGUGAUGAAUUUCACGCAGAGUGAUACAAACUGUGGUCUACAUAUGUACAGUAUCCGGCGGAAAAUGAAAUACCUCUCUCCAAGUUUUGUCCAACCAUGUAAAACUGAUGCGUUCCUCGAGCGUGUCUUUUCGGAAAACGUUUGUCUCGAAAGCCUAUCGUGCUGUGAUUCCAUCAUUAUUGGUGUUAUUCGAGUGACAAACUUAUGUUAUGCUAAGGAGGUGACAGUAAGGUUCACGCUAGACCAGUGGGCCAGCUACCGAGAUGUUUGGGCGGAUUAUGUGUGUGCAAACAUAGAUGGAAAAACGGAGCAGUUCAGUUUUCGCAUGGCCCUACCCAUGGAGUUGGAGGUUGAUCUGGAAAUUGAGUUUGCUAUUCGUUAUCGUGCUGCUCAGCAAGAGUUUUGGGACAAUAACUUUGGGACGAAUUAUCACAUUCGAUGCAUUGAAAUUUCUCCAUAA